CGAUGACUGCACGUACGCACACUGCUCUCCGCUGAGGGCCUGAGCCAGCGGUACUCUAACGCUGACCGGAAGCAAUUGCAUCAAGGUCUUAUGAACACAGACGAUGACUGCACGUACGCACACUGCCCUCCGCUGAGGGCCUGAGCCAGCGGUACUCUAACGCUGACCGGAAGCAAUUGCAUCAAGAUCUUAUGAACACAGACGAUGACUGCACGUACGCACACUCCUCUCUGGUGGAUAUAGCCACUAUCUUGACAGUUGGCAGAUUGUGUGUCGGGAUGGAGAGUCAAACCUGGGGUUGGACGCAUUUUUCAUCUGCGUGAAGAAAUCUUGCGCCGGAUUCUACAGAAAAGAUGUUCCUACAAUGGGUUGUUUCAUUUUGGAUUUCGUCUUGUUUCGCAUCGAUUGUUGCGACCAGCGGUUAUACGCGUAAGCCUUUGCUCAGUUUCUCAGCGGUUGUCACUGACGGCGAGGUUGCUGAGUCAGGCAAUGAGGUUGGGUAUCACAUUCGAGUGUCACACACCAGCCAAUCAGAAGCCUCCGCUAUGAAUGUGGUGGUCACCUGGUCCCUGCCGCCUCACGUGAUUUGCGAGAAGCUGAUUCCCGCUGAGGGAUCGCAGGCUCCAAAUAGUUUCCAGAAUGGGAGCGCUUUCACCAUAAAUUUCUCUCAAUUGAAACGUACCAGUCACAUAAACAUAACCCUGCAAACAAGAUUGGACCAACAGCGCAUGCUCGAACGAGGUCGGGUUCACACAGUCACCACGCAUAUGCAUUUGACAUAUGUCGGGGAAUUUGACACUUGUGGUUUGUCCGGAAUACCUGACCCUGGCAUGAGUACUCUACAGACCGUGCAGUAUACGGCUUUUAGUCCUCUUGUGUGUGAAGCAGCGUGUCUUUUCGGCGCUUCAUCCUUCAAACCAAGUCAGCUGACAGCCUCGUCUUGGCGUAAGCGUGAUUGGAACGAUACUCAGAAUGCCCCGCAAAGCGCAAUUCUCCAUGGUAACGGGUCCUGGUGCCCAGCUCCACCCGUGGCUCAGGACCGUAAUCAAUAUUUUCAGGUGGAUCUGCGCGGGGUGGUCAAUAUAACGAGGAUUCUUACACAAGGUGGGAUGAUUGACGGCGAAGAAGCGUAUAUCGAGGCAUUUCGCAUUCAGUUCAGUGAUGAUGGGGUAUGGUGGACAUAUUCUAUGGAUACGCGUCAAGGAGGGGCUAAGGUAUUUGAGGGCAACCGCGAUGCAAACUCGCUAAAACUGACAGCGUUUGAUCCUGGCGUCACAAGUAGCCACGUGAGGCUCCGGCCAGUCCGCUGGUACCGGCAAAUAGCCCUCAGGGUCCAGGUCUACGGCUGCCGCGCGUCAACCUCUACAGAUCUCGCUCUAGGGAUUGUGGGUAGACAGUUAUACUCGUCAUCUGUGCGCUCCUCUCACUGGCAAGCCUCUAACGCGCGAUUGGACCAGAACAUCGGCGGCGGGGGGUGGUGCUCGGGAGUCCUUGACGCAGGAGUGAAUUACGUCAUUAAUUUAGGUGGCACGUACGUCAUUCGACAGCUGGCGCUGCAGCCUCUUGCAGGCUCAAACUUGCAGACUGUGACGUCAUACACAUUUCAGGCGCGAUUAGAUUCGACUCCGGGAUGGACAAGCUUCACACGUCUUGGCAAUGAGCUCUUCAUUGGAGGAAUCGUUGAUGACUUAAUCGUCAAGCAAACAUUCGUCAGGUUACUCUCCGCUCAACAUCUUCGAUUUUUCCCCAAGUCUCACGUGGGCUGGAUGUGUAUGAGGCUUGAAGUGUAUGGCGCAUCUGAAGGAAUCAAAGUUCCCAUGCCACUCGUACAGAGAAGCGUUCUGAUCGACGUUGCGAAUAACAAGCUUUACGUGUGCAACGCACAGGGCGACCGUUUGCGACCAACUUGUAUGAUCGGCUCUUCAAACGGAAAAACGUGGACACCAAUGAGUACCAAAGUGCUUUCCGUGUUAGCACUGAACAUCACCACCGGCACAUUGUACGGCCUGUCAAGACACACGGGUCACAUUCUGAGGAGCUCUGAUCAUGGCGUCACGUGGGCGGUCAUAGGAUUCAACCAAUGGGAGAAGGCGUUAACUGUCGCAACCCUCGUGUUAGCUGUCGACAUUCCAGUUCUACCAGUCACAGGUCUUCCGCUGACCGAUGAGCCAUCUGAUGCGAUGACUUACACAGGGGGGUCUGGUACGAUGUGGGGAGUUUCAUCUCUUGGGGUUUUCUAUAAGCCGAAUGGAGGGAUCUUUUCUCUUGUUGCUUUGUGGCAAAGCAGAGAUAUCAAUUUUUGUGGCUCGGCUCCAUGCGUUAACGGCGGUGUUUGUAAGGAGGAGGUUGGGUCUUACAAAUGUGAAUGUGCACUUGGCUUUGAUGGAACAAAUUGUGAACAAGAUAUAGACGAUUGUGACCCGAACCCAUGUCGUGAAGGCACAUGCGUGGACCUAGUCAAUGGCUUCACGUGUGAUUGCGGUGCUGUUGCUACGGGUCUCACGUGCCAAAUAAGUGUCGACGAGUGUGCCGCUUCUCCUUGUCUCAAUGAUGGUACAUGUAUUGAUGGUCCAGGAAAUUACUCGUGUAUUUGUAGUACAGGAUUCCUCGGUCCAACGUGUGAGAUAAAUGUGGAUGACUGUGCGAGUGAGCCUUGUCUUAAUGGUGGUGCUUGUGUCGAUGGCGCUAACAGCUACUUAUGUAGCUGUACUGCAGGAUACACUGGGAUUAAUUGUGAAACAGCGAUUCGUGGAUUUUUGGUACAGAGUACGAAGACUGUAACAUAUAACACUGUCCCUUUCAUGGUGAUAGAAGCGACAAUCCCAGAAAGUGCACGAGCCAUGAAUACAAACUGGUGUGAGGACUACCAAAUGCUCUGUCGCGCUUAUAAUAGGCGACCUGUCGGUUGUGGUCGCUCCUUCAAAAACGACACCGCUAUGACGUCAUGCCGUGAUCGAUACAACGCCGUCAUGUUGACGGGCGACCCUAUUGGUUGUGGCUCGAGCUAUCUCGCCUCGGCGGUUUCUCGGGCUGCAGGAUACCCAUACGCCAAUGAGACGAACACGGUCGUGUUUGGCGAGUGUGACUCGAUGUGCCCGCAAGUUCUAGACAAUGAUGACGCCUGUCCAGCCACUGUCCCGUGUCUGCGUAACGAUUCAAUUAGUCGUGCGGUGUUUGCUUUGUGUGCGAACAGUGACAGCAAUUUUCAAGUUCUGAACCACAAGGACAUUUUUUACAGGAAUGCUACUUACAAAGUCCUCCAGAUGUACAUGACUGGCCAGUACUCUCAGCAUGAAACAUGGUGCAGGGACUACCAGCGUCUGUGUGAGUCGUAUGGUCUGCGACCUGUAGGAGCCAACAAGUUCGACUACGGUCAUAUCGUUGACUACGCUUCAGCAAGGGAUGAGUAUGAUGCCGUUAUGCCUUCUGAUGUGUAUUUUGGCAAUAAUCCUCGCAGCAUAUUUAUAAACUUUGCCACAGAAGCUGGGUUCAGUGACGCCACCACGUUAAACACGUUCGGCUUCUACCAUCCUUAUUCUUCCUAUUGCCAAAAGUCACUAACCUCAAACUAUUAUGGUCUCUAUUAUUUGUAUUAUACGAGUUCCACAGCUCACCGUUAUACCGCAUGUACGGAUGGUGCCUCCGAGAGCGCCUUUAAAGUUCUAGAAACUCGCUCUACAACGUUUAGCUCCACCCCGUACCUCGCUCUACAAGUGAAGGUUCCAAGGGGGCUUAGAAGGAACUGGUGCCGGGAAUACCAAGGGCUUUGCGAGUCUUACAAUCUCCAACCUGUCACUUGUGACAGCGACUAUACUACCUACCAUGAGCAUGCGCAGUGCAGGGAUGAUUACCGCGGUAUGACUGCGCGAGGGUCAGCGGUUGGCUGCCCGCCACAUGUCAACGUUUCUGUGGUAGCGAAGCAAGCUGGGUUUUCACGCGCAACUGCCGCCAACUCGUUUGCUUUGUACAAGUGCAAUAAGUGCGAGGUGAAGGGGUUGCCUGAGACGUGCGAAGAAGACUUCGAUAUGCCUUGCCUGUCUUCCAACUCGACAGACGCGAUUGCUUACACUGUUUGCGCAGCUACUGAAAGUGCGUUUACGAUCUUACGCACGGCAAAAACCACGUACCGUGGUCAACCAUAUCUUGCAUUCCACGUAAGACUUCCUGCCAACGGAGUGUCUCGAUAUAGCACUUGGUGCCACGAGUACCAAGAGCUUUGCGGACUUUAUCACCUGAAACCAACUGGCUGCGGCUCAUCCCACACCUGGACCCCGUACACCGAUUGUGAGACUACGUAUGGAUCCGUUAGACCUCCUGGAAACGAUCUAGAUUGCAAUCCUUCAGGUGGAGUAUACGACAUCGCAAGAGACGCCGGAUUGAAUCCGUAUGCGACGUCAUACUCAUUUGCGUUUUACGCAUGUUCAACGUAUUGUACGAGUACUCUUCCCACCUCCGGCUGCUACUCCCCUUUGUACUGUCUAAGUACCGGUCAUCCUAGGAGGGAGGCGUGGACUGUGUGUCGAGGGGAGGAGAAGCAAGCUUGGUCUAUUCUUAGUAGUUCGAGUGCUGUGUACGAAAAUCAGAACUAUAAGGUGUUCCGCUUGAGUUUACCGGUGGAUGGGAAAUCUGGUGCGGAGAACUGGUGUCGGGAGUAUCAAAAUUUGUGCGCGAAUUACGGACUUCGCCCUGUCGCAGACGGCAGAUCUAGAAUGGAAACAAAAUCAAGAGUAGCUUGUCGGGACAAGUACAAUGGAUUGAUGGAUGACGCCGAUGCCUUGGGCGGGCUCAUAAAUGGUAAAGUGGGGCAUGUAGCAUCGUUAGCUGGAUACAGCGAUGCCACAAGCGAAAACUCGUUUGGUCUACAUAAGUGUCUGUCGUGCAGCCGUGUUCUCAGUGUCGAAACUGCGUCCUAUUCGUUGUACCCUAUUCACUUGGCCGUUCCCAACAGGGAAGUAUAUACCAUAUGUCGUGACACAGACAGUAAAUUCCUUUUGCAUCAAACAACACCAUACAUCUAUCGUGGAACGGAGUUUCUGAUUGUCAAGGCGGAAAUUCCUUACGGUGAUUUCUCGUCUAAGUACUCGAACUGGUGUGAGGAUUAUAGAGCGAUGUGCCGCUCUUUUGGUAAGCUUCCCACCGGAAUGGAUGACAGUAGAGUUAUAGAUAACUCCAUUUAUUCAACGUGCAAGAGUUACCACUCUGUUAUGCUCAAAGGGAGUAUUCUAAGAGACUCUGCACCAAAUUCGAACAUCUUGGAAGUUAUCCAACGCUCCAGAGUUCCCACUUUUAUCGAUACAAAUAAUGUAUUUGGUUUUUUGCACUGCGACUCAUCCUCCUAUUGUCCGAGUACGGUAACUACGUCCUGCUAUAAUGGGCCCUACUGCUUACGGUCUUAUGGUAGGAACUUGGUAAAUACCGUCUGUGUGGACCCAGAUUCCAACUUUAAACUUGUUGACAUGCGAGAAUAUUCCCACCUUGGAAGAAAGUAUAAGAUCGUCCAUGCCAACGUUCCUCAAAAUGGUGUUUCGAAGCAUGAAACCUGGUGCGACGAUUACUUCCGGUUGUGUCGCUCCUUUUCGUCACUUCCAGUGACGUGUGGUGUCGAUGCAUGGCGAGCCCGCGAUUCUUACCGAUGUCGUGAUGAGUUCGGGUCAGCGGUCUACGAAGAGAAUGCAAUCGCCUGUAACACAAGCGCAGCCGCUAAUAUAGCAGUUGCUGCAGGGUUUACUGCCGCCACCGCGGAUAACACCUUAACCUUCAGGAAUUGCAGCGCAUGCGCAAAGACAGUCGGUGCCAGUCCCGACGACGCGGUGUUCCCGCUCCGUGCGGAUUCUUCGGUGUAUGUUAUCUGCACCGACUCAGACAGCAACUUCGAAGUAUUGGACUCCAAACGAGCUACCACAAUGGGUGUGCCGUACACGGUUUUACUUGUGCGCACUCCUGUUGAUGGGAUUUCUAGGCACGAGAACUGGUGCCGGGAUUACCAAACACUCUGCGCGACCUAUGGGCAAUUCCCAACUGGAUGUGGCGCCUCGUACCAGUCCUCCUCUGGGUAUAACACGUGCGCGUCAAAGUAUAACUCGUCAAUGCCGAUACUCAAUGACUUGAGCUGCGUUCCGUCAGACGGGAUAAAUUCCUUAGCAUUCAGAAGUGGUUAUACGGUAUCGACGACUUCAAACGCAUUCGGAUUCCAUCAAUGUGAUGAUAGUUAUUGCACUAACGUGCUCCCUACUUCAGGUACACACUACGCCUUAUACUAUGCCAACCGCGACACCUACACUCGCUACAAGCACACCGCUUGCACAGACAGGAAGACUGGGUUCGAGUAUAUACAACACGUGUUCGCCAGCAUGGGAGAUACCAAGUACCUCGUCGUCAAAACGAGGCUACCGAGUGAUGGCACGUCCAAGUAUGAGAACUGGUGCCGAGAUUAUCAGAAGCUAUGCGAGGGGUUUGGCUGGCGUCCACUCGCAUGCGGCACUGACAUGAGACCCAUCGAUGAGCAUCGCAUGUGCCAGACGGAAUACAAUGCUGUCAUGCCUUCGGAUAACGCAUUUGGUUGCCCUGCUAACCGCUCCAUGCUGAUUGACAUAAUAACUGCUGCUGGCUUUUCUAAUGGCACUGAGAACAAUACGUUUGCACUCAAUUCUUGUGCCUCUUGUGUUAACGUUUUGCCCAACUCAAACACCAAUAAGAAUCUGUAUGAUAUUAGAAUGAGCGCAGCAGGAGGUAGCGACAUCUAUGCUGUCUGCAUGUCCUCCGAUAGUAACUUCCGUAUUUCGGAAGUGAAGCCUGUGAUAUACAAAGGCUGGAGAUAUGCGUCUGUGAAAGCAAUCGUGGAUAGCGGCCGGAGAUCGCAGCAUGAAAACUGGUGCAGGGACUAUCAACGAAUGUGCGAGUCUAUUGGUAAACGGCCUGUUGCUUGUGAUCAUUAUUAUUCAAGUACUCCAAGUCAUUUUGACUGCCAAACAAUAUACGGCGCUACGAUGCCUCGGAGUCGUGGCCACGCAUGGUCUUGCAACUCUUACAACGAUGUGUAUCAAGUAGCGUAUGCAGCCGGGUUCAGACCGGCGAGUUCUGUAAACGCCUUUGCUUUGUAUAAUUGUGCGGGCUGUCGUAAGACGCUAUAUUCGGGUUCAACAUGCCAAACAGAACUGUACUGUAUGCGCUGGGAUACGCUUUCGAAUAGAGAAGUACACACAGUUUGUGCGGACCCAGAUUCAGAAAUAGAGAUUAUCAGCAACCGUACUGUUACAGAGGGCAACAAAGAGUACUUGGUGCUCAUGGCGAGAAUCCCUGACCAUGGUCAAGCGAGACACGAAGACUGGUGUCGAGACUACCAACGCAUGUGCGAGACGUACGGCCGCAGACCACUAGCUUGUGGGCGCAAGUAUAUGCACGAUAGCGAGCGCACGCAAUGUCGUGACAAGUACAAGGGAAUGAUGUUCAGCGAUGAUGACACGGAAUGUGAACAAAACGUUAAGGUGGCUGCCCUUGCACAGAAAGCAGGAUUCACGCACGCGUCUCUCAAUAACUCAUUCGCGUUUAACGCUUGCGAGUCCAAUGACUGUCCAUUUCAGCUUCCGCAUGAGGCCUCUCGCGUGUUUCAUCGCGCGGGCACGAGUGUUGAUCGUGUAGUCUACACUGUAUGUGUGAAUUCCGAUAGCAACUUCGACAUCAUGGUGACCAGCCCGGUGUUAUAUAGCGGUCUCAAUUUUCUUGGAAUCAAAGCACGCCUCCCGAUUAAUGGGACAUCGAAGUACGAAAACUGGUGCCGAGAUUAUCAGAAGCUUUGCGAGUCUUAUGGCCUUCGCCCCACAGGUUGCGGAUCUUCCUACCUUAGAAUACACGACUAUUCAUCCUGUCGCGAUCAGUACAACUCAGACAUGCCGACAGCCGACCAGCUGAGUUGUAACACGGCGUCUAACUUAGACUCGGCCCUUAAUUUAAUGGCUAGUGACUCAACUACUAGCAACAGCUUCAGUUUUGACAAAUGUACACCUGGGGAUUGUGCUAAGACGCUUCCAGCAUCGACUUGUUCCUCAUCGCUGUACUGCAUAUCACAGGGCGUGUCUAGACGCGUCGUGCAUACCAUGUGUAAAGACACGGAGACCAAUUUUAAGGUGAUAGCGCAACGGGACAUCACUUAUUCCGGAAGGAACAUUCUGGUGCUCAAAGUCAAGCUGAAGGACGGAAAAGGCGCGACUAGAAGCGUGUGCCUAGAGUAUAAAAUGCUUUGUGAGUCAUACGGUAAACGGCCGCUGGCUUGCUCUAGGGCGUACGCCAAUCAGCAUCGCUUUUCGCGUUGCCAGGAAACAUACAACGCCGUUAUGAUGGACUUUGAUGAGUGCCCGCUGAACACACUCAUUGCAGAUCUAGCCGACUACGCUGGGUUUCCCGACGCCAGUGCGAGCAAUUCCUUUGCGUUUCACAGCUGCAACGAGAGCGCAUGCGCAGCCACACAGCUAAACGAUACGGGCUGCGACGACUCGUUAUUCUGCGGCAGCAGGCAGAAGGGUCAGCGGGAGCUGUACACGGCAUGCGCAUCAUCCGAUACCAACUUUGAUGUUGUGAUGACCAAAGACGAGACUUAUUCUUCCGUGCAGUUCAAAGGUAUCAAGGCACGCGUCCCAGCACACGGGAGGUCCCUCCACGAAAACUGGUGCAAAGACUACCAGGUUCUCUGUGAGUCCUACGGAACGAGACCCACCGGAUGUGGCGCUAGUUCAAUGUCUAAGUAUGCAUACGCCAGGUGUGCCCGUGAGUACCACUCAAACAUGCCACCUGGUAACAACUUCGGUUGUACGGCCACGGCCAACGCCAUAUACAUUUUGCAGAGCUUAUCGCCUUAUAUUACAGGAGUCACAGACACCAAUACCUUUCUGUUUGACUCAUGUAACCAGACCUCAUGUAAUCAAGAACUCCCAUCUUCCGGCUGCCAUGGCUCGAUGCCGUGUCUGAACACUAACAGUUUACGACGGGAGGUUUAUACUGUCUGUCGAAAGGACUAUGAAACCAAUUUCCAAGUUCUUGCUACAAAGAAAAUCGCGCACCGCGGCGUGCCAUUCUUAGUGGUCUACACUCGGCUCCCAUCUGGGAGGUAUUCCAAGAAAAGUAACUGGUGCUAUGAAUACAAGGCGCUUUGCAACUCAUAUGGGAUGCAGCCUACCGGGACUGGGCAUGCGCACUCAAGCAAUACCAUUUACUCAAGUUGCGCUACAUAUUAUGGAUCCAUUAUGUUGCCUGGCAACCAGUUGGGACUUGAUCCGAAAGAAAGGGUGGCUCACAUUGCUAGGCUAGCGGGAUUUCAUAAUGCAACGAGUAGCAACUCCUUCGCUUUCCUUCGUUGUGAUUCAUGCAGUAACCUGCUUCCGACCAGCGGCUGCCACGCAUCUCUGUCAUGCGCCAGUACUCACCCGAGGCACCAAGAAGUCUACACAGUCUGCACCUCUGUUGAUCAUAGCAGCUUCAGCGUGAUGGACAGUAACACCUACCUGCAUAACGGCGUGCGCGUGACAGUUAUCAAAGCAAGGCUGCCUUCUGAUAAAAUAUCACGCCACGAAUCCUGGUGUCACGAUUAUGAGAGAUUGUGUGACCACUUCGAUGGACGUCCCGUGACUUGUGCCGCAAACUCUACCUUCAAAGCGUCGCACAAUGCAGCCAUGACUAACGCAAUUGGUUGUGACUCUCCUCAGGGAGCCACUCAAGUAAUUUCCGCAGCAGGAUUAGGGACGGUAAACCAAGAGAAUUCUUUUAUUUUUGGCGAGGACGGCAACUGUUCUAAGGAACUUCAAAACAAAGAGUGCAACCAAUCCCUCCCUUGCCUCAAGUAUGACACUUGGUCAAGAGAAGUCUACACUUUAUGCCUAAACAAUAAACAACCCUACAACUUUCAGGUCGUUAACAAAAGCGAGACUGUAUACAAAUUUAAGGAAUUCUUAGUGAUUGAAGCGAAAAUAGCGAAGAAAGGAAAAUCGAGUCAGGAAAACUGGUGUCGCGAUUACCAAAGAGUUUGCGAGUCUUUUGGGAGUGUACCAUUCGGGUGCAGACAAUACCCGGCAUGCACCCUGCGGUACAACGCUUAUUCUUACGGAGGUAAUUUCCCUGCGUGUCCUCUGGAGAGUACCGGGGAGAUAGCUCGUCAGGCAGGCUUUAGCGAAGCUACAGAUGACAGUACCGUAACGUUUAGUUCGUGUUCCCCUAAGGACUGCCCGCGGGAUUUGUACACAGACUGCGAUACAUCCUCGGGUGGACUAUGUAACCUGCGUAACCGGUCUGACCAGUCCGUCCACGUGAUCUGUACCAAGCAGGAAAAAUUCGAGUUGCGAGGCUCCAAGCAAGUUGCCUACAAAGGCCGUGUGUUCAAGAUCCUCAAAGCAAGAGUUCCUCCCGGCCAAAACUCCACAUAUAGUUGGUGUGUAGAGUACACGAAAACUUGUAAAAAGCUGUUGCUUAGGCCCGUUGCGUAUAUCGCCGACAAGAGCGACAAGGGACAGGAAUGCUUAUUCAGCCAAGAGGCCGUUGUUUUACGCGAACAUGAAAUGCUUCCUGUGGAUGAUCUAGCUACUGCAGCGGGGUUUGUCAACGCCACCAAACUGAACUCUUUCGUUUACUCGAGUUGUUCUGGUUGCAGCAAGACGUUCUCUUGUGGCGGACCAUUCAACUGUGUACCAUCGCUGUCGACUCCCGAGUUCGUUUACUUCGCUUGCACAAGAGACCUGCCAAUCAGCAACUUUGACGUCAUAUCAACGCGUCACGUCACCUUACAGGACAUCCCAUAUUUGGUCAUCCAUGCUGCGCUGCCACACCACGCACAGUCACGCAACAGCGACUGGUGUCACGAUUAUGCAAUGUUGUGCUCACACUACGGUCUCCAUCCGUUGACUUGUAACCAUGACAACCCUAAUAAUACUGACAUCAGCAAAUGCGUCGGCCGCUAUAAUGCCCUUCUGUCACAUGACUCCACUCUAACCUGUCCCGCAACUGAUCGCGUGGUUGAGGCCGCUAAGGCUGCCGGGUACACGGAGGCUACAGCUGAGAACAGCUUUUUCCUCUACCGAUGUUCGAAGUGCUCCAAGACGAUCGAUAUUACUAUAAACCAGGGACUGUACCCACUGACUAUGCAAGCAGACGUCAUGCAUGAAGUAUACACCGUGUGCACUCGUGAUACACGCUACAACUUCAAGGUCAUGGAGACCCGGCCUGUCCUAUACAACGAGAUUGAGUUACUGGCCUUCCGCGUGAGGCUACCGCGAUUCAACAUGAUGUCCAGGCAGGAUACAUGGUGUCACGAUUACCAGCUGUUGUGCCAGGCAUAUGGUCGCCGCCCUGUCGGUCACUCAGCCGAGGAAUUGACCAAUCCAGACCGAGAUGAGUGCAGGUCGCGAUACAAUGCGUUCUUCCCUGCUAACCGUGAGUUGGGGAGUACAGAGGCGCGGGGAGGCGUCAUGAAUGCUGCACAGUUAGCGGGAUUUGCCGCAGCCACCACCACCAACUCAUUUGCAUUCCAUGAUUGCAAAUAUUGCUCGAAGUUUCUCCCGCAAAGCACCACGUCCUCAGCGGGACUUUAUUGUCUGAUCGAUUCAGGGGAUGCAGAGUUUUAUACAAUUUGUGUCUAAGUUUUCAAAAGUUCUUGUGCCUUUUACUGCAAGUUUUUGACAAUUCUUGCUAAUGAUUCCCUAAUCAAAAACUGCUUCCUCAAUUCAGUCAAAUUCCAAACCCUUGAUGCAAUUACGCCCAUCUAAUGGAAUAAAGCGAUUUACGGCCGUAGUUUGUCAGUCCUCAACGCCAUUUUAGAGUUCUCAUAAAUGCAGUUAAUAUUACCAACCAAAACCUGAUUUAAAAAAACAAAUACAAUGGUGGCUCCCCUUUCUCACCAUCUUCUUUCCGUGAACACCUUUGGAUCAGUAGUCACGUGAUUGACUCUUCGCCAACUUGUGAAUCAAUAGUCACGUGAUUGUGCCUCUCCGCCAAAUUGUGGAUCAGUAGUCACGUGAUUGUGACUCUUCGCCAACUUGUGGAUUAGUAGUCACGUGAUUGUGACACUUCACUAACGUGCGGGUCAACAGUCACGUGAUUGUGACAUUUAGCCAACGUGCGGGUCAAUAGUCACGUGAUUGUGACACCAUCAACGUGCGGGUCAACAGUCACGUGAUUGUGACACUUCGACAAUGUGUGAAUCAAUAGUCACGUGGUUGUGACACUUCACCAACAUGCGGGUCGACAGUCAUGUGAUUGUGACACUUCGACAAUGUGUGAAUCAAUAGUCACGUGAUUGUGACUCGUAAUCAUCAUUGGAUCGAUAGUCAAGCCACUCGUCCAUCAAAGCUGCGAUGUCACCAAUAUUUACUUCCGGUCGAUUGCGUAACAAUCUCUGUUAAUUUUUAACGGAAAACGCGAAAAAAUACUGCAAAAUUGUAAAAGCAGUGUGUCUAUUGGAAGUUUCUUUGAGGAUGUUACUGAUAAUUUAGAGCGGAAAGCCUGUUAAAUAUCGCGAUUCUGAUAGAUUCUUUUGUCUCUAGUCGGUUGAAAUUUCCACCGGAAGUAAAACUGGUGCUAUUGCCGCUUUAUGUAAGCCCAUCAUUCGGUUGCGAUAUAAUCAUCUUCGCUUAAAGGGGACGUGUUAAUAUUGGUGAGUUUGUUACAUGGGCUACUUUAUGAGUUUUUCGUGGGCAACGGUCGACAUUCCACAAUUAGAGGGACAGGCACUUACCUGUAUAAUAUAAUUCCAGUUGUCGACAUCCCCCUAUUAGAGGGACGGACACUUACCUGUAUAAUAUAAUUCCAAUGCAUGUAUGGUUUUGAAUCCAGUGGCGGAUCCAGGGCUGUGGGGGGAGGGGGGGGCUUCUCGCCGCCCUUUCAAACAUGUGUUGUCCCUGGUCCUAAAAGGUCGAUGGGAGACUGGUGCGAGCACGCGUAAAUUCUUCUGCAGUGAAAGACGAAGGUUCAUGGGGUCGAUUCAAAACGGCUUCCACGAAAGACGAAUCUUUUUUACGUUCGGUUUUACCAUAACCUUAUUUUAGCGUUCGGUUUUACCGUUACCAUGUUAGCGUUCGGUUUUAGCGUUAACUUUUAGCGUUAGGUUUAACCAUUACCUUUUUAGCGUUCGGUUUUAACGUUACCUAUACGUUUGAUUUGCGCGUUACCCUUUGAGUGUGUUGCUCCUGCGCCCGCUGUUAUAUGUUCUCAGCGAAUUACGUAUUAGGGCCUGGUCACAUGAGACCGUUGUCUUGGGAGUCCACUAGAGCGCCUUUUAAAGCAAACAUGAUAUGGAAACUUAAUUCUAAAAGGAGUGUAUGGGAGCUAAAAACCACAAGUGUACCUCCCGGCCCUUCUUCAAGAUGUCCCCCCCUUCUCCCUGGAUCCGCCCUUGUAAUAUAUAAAUAUGUUAAAAGUAUUUCACAUCCAGUAAAAUAGACAAAACGCAUGAUGAGGGGGUAUAGAGAAUAGUUAACCAAGUAUAUGUGAAUAAAACAACGCGAACUUCAUAGUUAAGUUCAAGUUUCAAAGAGCUCCACUCAAAUUCUAAUCAGAGCCAAUCACAGGCUUUGCUCGUUAGCUGAAGGACAGUGUGAAAAAAGCAAACACUACUCACAUAAUCUCCAACCUUUCAUUUGGGAUUCCUGUGAUUGUCUGUGAAUAGAAAGAGGGGGACUCUGCUCUAACCAACCAUCCCACAAGAAACAGGCCCGUACCCAGGGGUGUUGCAAGGAAAUGCAAAUCAACCCCGUCCCCCACCUGCAACGGCCGAAGGUCCACUUUCGGUUCUUAAUAGACGUGCUUAGACGAAACUAUAAAGCAUAAGCUAGAUCAGUCUGAUAUGUAGCCUAAUCCGACAAUAAACAUCCCAUGGAGAUACUGCAAAGGCAUACAAAAUCGCUUUUUUUAGGGGGGGGGGGUGGUCAGAUUUUUAUCAGAGACCUCCCCCCCCUUUUCGGAAAAAUUAUGUCCACUUUUCGGAUUUCGCACCCCCCCCCCCCCCCCAAGAAAAGUCUUGGGUACGGGCCUGAGGAAACAAAAAGUUUUUUAGUCGAAUUCGUUGUUGCGCGAUGUCGGUGAAUCCAAAAUCUUUGCCUCGUUUAGAAAUAGCGAGUAGUCAAUCAACCGCCAAAACCAAUCAAUGGCUUUCAUGUUUUCACUGUCGCGUCAUAAAUCAUUUGACUGCACACAGCAAGGACUGCACAGAGCAAGGGAAUUGAUUGGUCGAGCUGGUGUAAUUGACUACGCGUUAUUCCCAGAAAAAAUAGAUUUGGAUUCUCGGUCGCGCAACAACGAAUUCUGCAAUAACUCGGACGUUUAGUAAAAUCACUAAGAUUGGUACUAAGAACAACACUCAACAGGUCUUAAUUAAGUCCUUUAGGAGAUCAGGAUUCAGUCAUUUAUACGUUACUCGUGUGCCACUGCGGGUACAACGAGAAAUAUCGCCGAGAUAAUUGUGCAUGAAAAGUGAAACUAUUUUAAAUUGCAGGAUAUAAUGAUUUUGGAGCGCUUAUACCUGCAUAUAAUAGUAUAUUAGGAUUACAGUUCUUAAUGGGCUUGGAAAACAAGAAAAAUAUACUGUCACACAUAAGCCCGAUUUUAAGUGUUGACACCGAUGUUUUCAAAGACCAAGAAAAUAAUGCAUGAUAAUAAAUCAGUAAAUAUAAAGCUG